AUGGGCGUCCAAGCGGACCACGUCCAAAGGUCCAGCGAUGGAUACGAGAAACCUGCCGAGUAUCCACUCGGCAUCAGCCAUGCGUGCGUGGUCGUACAAGUUUGUGGAUGUCUUCGACGCCAUGGACAACUUGCGCGACGAACAGCAGCUCGGUCACGACAACACACAUCGUUUUGGUUUUGCAUGCUUGCCAACUACCAGCACACGAUUGGCAAUCCGUCCGAGACGGUGCCGCGCUGGCUAGCGGACUCGCAAGGCGGUGGCGGACACGGGCAGGAUAGUGAUGAAGGUGCUGGUUCCGUGGCGGGACUCAGUGACCCUCAAGCGCACGUGGUGCAUACGCCAAGUGACCAGCAAACACUCGAUAGACGCGACCGCGCCCACGUUUUCGACCUCAUCGAGAAGCAAGUCGGGUUUGCCGACCUGGACAGCAUUGGGGUCUAUGACACGAUGCAGUCAGAUUUCCAUGGCGAUGCAACCUCCCAAGUGGUUUCCCUGGUUGUGCUCCUAGGCCAGCGCAAAGAUCACGCUCGGAUCGUUGAAUCAAGCCAAAGUGCUGCUGGACAGAGCAGCCGGCACCUCCCGCCGACGCUGUCGGAAGGCCACGGUCACCUAGACCAAGUGCGCACACUCAAGCGCUUACCUCACGAGACUAACAUGGAAGCCUCUGUUUGA